AUGCAACCACGGAAUCAACAAUGGUUCAUCGUCCGGUUCGAAUUCUUCUACUCUCUUAUAGGUGAAGGAGUUUUGCAUCUUGCAAAGUUUGUGUCAGUCUCUUUCAAAUCCACCAUGGAUCUCAAUGAUCUUAACAAAGUCUGGGAAGUCAAACCUCUGAAGAAGGUUCGAGAAGAUGAAGCAAAAGAAAUUCUUGAAAAAAUAGCAAAGCAAGUUCAACCCAUCAUGCGAAAACAUAAAUGGAAAGUCAAUAUCCUUUCCGAAUUUUGCCCUCCCAAUCCUGCUCUUCUUGGUCUAAACAUAAAUGGAGGUGCAGAGGUAAAGCUGAGACUUCGUAGGCAGAACAAUGAGUGGGACUUCUUCCCUUAUGAGCAAAUUCUUGACACCAUGCUUCAUGAGCUUUGCCACAAUCAAUAUGGCCCACAUAAUGCUGAUUUCUACAAUCUACUAGACGAAAUCAGAAAGGAAUGUGAAGAAUUGAUGGCCAAGGGUAUAACGGGAACAGGGCGAGGAUUUGAUCUUCCUGGGAGAAGAUUAGGAGGGUAUUUUCGUCAACAACAAACUCCAUCAUCACUUCGCCAGAAAGCCUUAUCUGCUGCACAAAAUAGAGCUCAGAUGGGGACACUGCUGCCUUCUGGCCCACAUCGCCUUGGUGGAGAUAGCAGCAUGAAGACUGCCCUCAGCCCAGUUCAAGCUGCUGCCAUGGCUGCAGAAAGAAGACUCCAUGAUGAUUUAUGGUGUGCUUCUAAGUCUUUUCAAGAACCUUCUGGAACUUCUGAAGCAUCUGUCUCACAAAACAUUAGUUCAAGUGAAGGAGAACCAAAAGCAUCAUCAUGGCAAUGUGGUACCUGUACACUAUUAAACCAGCCAUUGCUUUUGACAUGUGAAGCUUGUGGAACUCCAAGAAUAGAAGAGAAGAAGAAUAUGAAGAUUUGGUCAUGCAAAUUCUGUACAUUGCAAAACUCGGUAGCAAAAGAUCGAUGUGUAGCUUGUGGGGAAUGGAGAUAUUCAUAUGGUCCUCCUACAGCUGUUCAUGGGCCAUAUCUUGGUACAUAAACAAAUCUUGAAGAUUGAAACUCUUGAUGAUUGAUUCAAGUAGUUGCCCUGGACAGUGGUUUUGUAUCAGAUUAUUUCUAUUAUCCAGCAUUGUUUCUUGGUGGUGCAAAAUGAUAUAUGUAAUUGAAGUUUUCUUGGUAUUGGGUUAUGAGUGAUUAGUGGAAACUUGUUUUUUUGUAC